AGCGCUGCCUUUCAGUGCCACCUAUCAGCUAUAUGCCAAUCAGUGUCACUUAUCAGUGCUGCCAAUCAAUGCCACCUAUCAGUCCCAGUCAGUGCCACCUAUCAGUGUCCAUCAGUGCCUCCUUUCUGUGCUCAUCAGUGCUGCCUAACAGUGCCACCUAUCUGUGCCCUCAGUGCCGCCUAACAAUUCCAAUCAGUGCUGCCUAUCAGUGCCAGUCAGUGCCGCCUAUCAGUGCCAGUCAUUGCUGCCUAUCAGUGCCCAUCAGUGAUGCCUAUCAAUGCCAUAUA